ACAAAUGCUGUUGGUCUUAUCGAUAUGUGCAAUCGAUGUUUCUCCACCUCUAAUACGCGACGCCGAGGAAAAUUUCCAGAAUUUGAAGACGCAGCAAUAGUGCAAAAUAGUGCAAAUAGUUACUAAAUUUAAGUGCAACGUGUAAAUAGAAGCAUACUGGUCGCGUCUGGUGUGAAGGGUAUAUGAAUAACGAGUGGAAAGUACGCGAAAAUAAGUAAAAUCGCGAACGCAAUAAAGGCCAGGUGUAAGUGUGUGCGUACGAGUGUUUCUCUUUUCCUUCCCCUAAAGUGGAGCGCACUCAAUUAUUUGUGGAUGGCUCUCCACAACAACAAAGUCUCGAGAUCCAAAAAAACAAAUGCAAAAAAUGUUGAGGCAACGAGAGGCGAAAGAACAAUAACGAAGGCGAAAGCGAAAGCGAGAGAAUGUAAUAUAAAUGCAAUUAAAGAAUUAAACAGAGUACAAGCACAGCAGUUGCAAUUGCAUUGGAAAUUAAAAUUUGUUCGACAGAAGCGGGCGACGUUGUAAAAAUACGUGACAAAUCGCUUCCACACACCACACACACAUUCACACUCCCCCACCACACUUACACAUACGCGCGCACGCGAAAGAGAGACUGAAAGAGAGAGAUAGAUAGGCAAAGAAAGAAAGAAAGAAGGCGAACGUGAAUUAACAAACAAACAAGAAAUAUUUUCGCAAAAAAGACAAACACAAAAAAAAAAUCGAAUAAAGUGUAUUACAUAAAUAAACAGAGCGAGAGCAACAGCGCCAGGCGACCCCAAAAUAUUAUGGAAAUAACUGCUGCCUCCGUCUCUGCCUCAGCCAGCGUCAGCGUCAGCGGCAAGGAGAACGAUAACGUCAACAAUCUGACGCUGCUCGCCUCGCUGACGUUACAAAAAGUGCUGAACAUCAAAAAUAACAACAGCAGCGGCGGCGAUACUCAAAUAGAGAAGCAUCAAAAACAGCAGCUACAGCAACAGCAGCAGCUACGGCAGAGCCUCAAUAUAAGCGAUAAUAACGUAUUGAACGAGUUGCUUAAGAGUGGAGCUGUAUUCACAAAAACCGUUACCACACCCACAGCCCCCAUUGCCAUUGAAAGAAAGCGGCAGCCCCAACAGCAGUUGCAACAUCAGUUGCAGCAACAACAUCAAAAACAUCAGAAUAGCGCACAGAAACAACGACUCAACUCAUCCAUAUCAUCGACCCACUCAUCCACAUCGACUAACUCAUCCUACGGUAGCUCCUCAGAUGAUGCAGCUGCUGUGGCAACUGCAACAAAGGUCACAACACUUGCAACACCAUCAACUACGGCAACGGCAACUACGAAGGCGUCCAGCAUUAAAUUGCCAGAGAAAUCGAAAAUUCCGUCCGAUAUACUCGAUGAUCUGGCCAGUCGGUUCAUUAUCAACGUACCGGACAUGGAGCUAAACAAUUUAAUCCGAAUCUGUUUCCAAGUCGAGCAGGCCCAUUGGUUUUAUUUGGAUUUCUUUUGCGCCCCGGCGGUUAGCGAGGAUGGCGAGUCCCAGAACCAGAGUCAGAGUGUCCAGAGAAAGUUACCAGCGGUGGGCAUUAAACAGUUUGCCAUGCAGUUGUUCCAACACAUUCCCUUUUUGAACAAACACUUUGGCACUGUGGACCAGAUCCUGGAACAAUGGAAGAAAUACAAGAUGUCGGUGCCCACCUAUGGAGCUAUUUUGGUUUCCGAGGAUCACAAUCACUGUUUGCUAGUGCAGUCGUAUUUUGCGAGGAACUCCUGGGGCUUUCCCAAAGGCAAGAUCAACGAGAACGAGGAUCCAGCCCACUGUGCCACCAGAGAGGUUUAUGAGGAGACCGGCUUCGACAUCACGGACAUCAUUGACGCCAACGACUACAUCGAGGCAUUCAUCAACUACCAGUAUACUCGGCUCUAUAUUGUGCGGAACAUACCGCUGGACACGCUGUUCGCGCCCCGCACCCGCAAUGAGAUUAAGUGCUGCGAGUGGUUCAGAAUCGAUUCGUUGCCAGUGAACAAAAACGAUGCCAUAUCGAAGGCCAAGCUGGGCAAGAACGCCAACUCCUUCUUCAUGAUCAUACCGUUUGUCAAGCGCCUCAAGAAGUGGGUCAACGAGAGGAAGGCCGGCAUCGAGCCGCGUCGUCGCAAGUGCUCCGGCCAGCAGUCCCCGAAGGCGGCCUCGCCCACUAACAUCAACGGGAGCGGCAAGAAGGACUUGGUUGGGCUGAGGAAUACAUCGAGGCGCCAGCGACACAAGUCCAUGGGCGAUUUGGAUGGCGUCAAGUUGAAUAAUCUCAAUGGCAAGCCGGCCGGGCCAGGAUCAGCGGCUCCUGCUCUUGUUCCAGCGGCAGCGGCCAUCAAAACCAUGAACAUCUGCAAUAGCAAUGGGAAGCGCAAUAAACAAAAUGCGGCUGCGGGCAGCAAUCAAUCGACGCCAGUGACAACACUAGUGGCAGGAGGAGGAGGAGGAACGGGAGCCAGUGUCUCCUCCAAGCGUCAGUUAUUCCACAGUCAGUCGCAAAACGAUGCACAGCAGCCAGUAGGCAGUGAGAAGAUUGUAAGCUCCUUCGAUUUAAUUCGCAUUGAGGAGCUGCAACUCAAUGCAGCCAAGGUGCAGAAGCAGCAGCAGCAGCAACAACAGCAGCAGCAGCAACGAUCACGCGUCAAGUCUCAGAGUGAGAAUCAGCAGCCGGUUGUUAAGCAGAUCCUGGGACAUCAGCCCACAACUGGCGUAGACUUGAUAGCCAUGCUAUCCGCCGCAGCGGCAGCUCAGAGAACACCAAAGACCGAGCAGCCGCAACAGCAACCGCAGCAGCAGCAGCAACGUCCGCGGCCAGCUUCGGUUUCUUUGAAUUUUGGAGAGAGCCAGGUGGUAACAGGAUCCGCCCAGGAUUCACAGGACAUGCACAAGUUACAGCGCAUGGCCUCGGGCAGCAAUUUAAGGAUUCUGAAGCGAGCACAGUCGCAGCAGCCGCCGCAGCAACAGUUGCAGCUGCCACAGGUGCAGGUGCCGCAACCCGGCGCUGCCGACUUUACGCCAAACUUCAACUCGUGGACGAACUUCUCAUUCACCAAAAACUUUAUAGCAAAUGUCUUUUGCUAAACUCCUUUCCUUUUCAAACUUUUUUGUGACAAUUCCUUCCGAAAAUUCUCAUAGAAUGCAUUUUUAAAACUAGGUUACAGGGAACUGAGUGGUAGGCUCUUGUAGGCUCUGAAGAGCUGGAGGCAACACGAUACAAAUAUUAUAAGCUUUGGAGACUUGCGGGUAAAAGAAACCAUGCCAAUUGCAUUUAACAAGUUCAUUUGUUACAAAAACUAACACUGCAACUAUCAAUACAUUUUUUAGACAACUAAUCAUGUCUAGUCCUAGGCUUUGGAGACUACGUUUCCUGAUCUCCUCAUUAACCAGGGGGAGAUUUUUGAAUUUUCCACGUAUAUUGUCUAUAUAUAUUAGGGAAUCGUAAGCACACUCAACAAACAAAAGAUACUUCAAUGCGAUAAAUUGAGUAAGACAUUUUUAACGAAAACAAUUUUCAUACCAAAAAAAAGAGGAAAAAAAAAAAGAAUAAAUGAAAAACAUGAGUCUUCCGCUCAGCACAUGUGUAAAGUAAUAUUUUUAUAAACACUCCGAUCGCUGUUCGCAAACUUAACAACUUAACUACGAUUCGAUCGAGAGUACAAUUAUGUUAGAAUCCUUUCUUUAUAAGCUAUAAAGUGUUUAUUGUGAGCCAAGCGAACCAAGCCUACUUCGAGCCGAGUGCUCGCCAUUUGAGCGUAUUUUUAGAUAAAAACUAAACAUAACUAAAGCGUAGCUUUAAAAUGCCCCGCACCAAACUGUGUCUUGCUUUUAAUUUCAAAGUCCGAUAAUGACUUUUUUUUUAGCGAGCACUUGAAUAUAAUGUUUCUGCGGGCAAUAGAUGAUUAUGAGAGACAUUAAUACACUUUCUGGGCCGUUUUACUUACUGCCCGCCCCCACCUACGAAUGAUUAAUUGAUAAUGAGAGAUAGUGAGAUGUGUGAGAAUGCAAAGAAUGCAAAUAAUAACAAUGUAAAUAAUUAAAUUGUGAUAUAGUAUUUCUUAGCACAAUUGUGAUCUUAACAAGAACGGCUGGCAACUAAAAACAACAAUUUUAUAAGAGCGCGAAUCCCCCUACAAAAAAAAACAAUCUUUUUAAAAUCAAAACAAAUGCCCUGCAAAAUGCCCAUUUUCGGGGGAUAAUUAAUAAAAAAAAUACAGGCAUAUCUUCAACAGAAUAGCGUUUCGUCAAUUUUUUUAUUUGACAACUUGAGAAUGCAGAGCAGCAGUGUGACAAAAAAUAAGAAGAAUAUUUAACGAAUUUAAAUUAGUUUAAAAAAAAAGUUUAAAAUUGAAAUUCAAACUCGAUAAAAAUUUGUAGUAUAUACACGAAGCGGUAGAGUGAAAUUUGAACGAUUUGUAAUAAUUGUGACAGCCAGAAGGAUAUAUAUAUAUAUUUUUGUGAGCCAUUAGUGCGUAAGAAGGCGUAGCUGUGGGGGAGAGAAGCCUUUAAAAAAUGUCAUAGUGUUUUGAUAACCGGGCAUUGGAGCCAAGUUUCCUAUAAUUCAUAGAUAUUUGUUUCCCAACAAGCGUAGUCUCCAAUCUAUAUAUGACAAUGUUGCCUAUUAGCGUAUAUCUUUAGACUAAGCAACAAUGAUCCCAGAUGAUCAGCAAUGUCUCCAAAGUGCAAGAAUCUCAGAGCCUAUAGAGAAUAAUACUCCAAAAUUUCCUGUAACUUAGUUUUUGGCAAUAAUUCGAUCGUACUUCCUACAACAGCAUUUGCAUUAAAUAUUUUACUUCUGACUUUUAAAGCUUUUCGAAAAGCCAUAUUAAUUUGUAUUUUAUGUUUUUACAUUUUGAGAUGCAAAUUUUGUUUCAAAAACUUCUCUUUUUUAAUUUCAAUUUGGAUUAUAAUUUUUUUUAGUAAAACCAAAACAAAAAACAGUAUAGUUUUACUUUUAUUUUCGGAGCCGGGAUAGAACCUGGCUUCCAAUCCUGCUCCAGACAAAUGCCCAAAGAAAUUGGCAAUAGUACUCAAGUAUUUUAAUUAGUUAUUUUGGUUUUUUUAUUCCACAAAAUAAACAUUAAUUUCCUUGGCCAUUUGUCUGGCAGCAAAGAAACAUCAAACUUAUCCAACAAGCAAUGAAUAUCAAACUUUGAACAAGAACAACAUUGUUAACACAGCUUGAAAGUGAAAAAAACACGAAAUUAAAUAUUGUAAAAUUUAGUUGUGAAAAAAAAUCAAACACAAAAGCAAAGUAAAAAAUAUCAACUAUAAAAGUAAAUUGAAAAAUGUCGAUUAAUGAUUUUGUAAUCAGUUUUUGUUCCACCCAUCCCGAUAAUAUUUUUGUGAUUGUAAGCAUAGCAAUAAUUAACUUUAACGUAAAAGGAAGCAGACUGGAUCGAAAUCUAUAUCUUGCCAACACCCGAAUAGUCCGAGCUCCGAGCUAAAUUUUGCUAUGCCCUUCAACCUUUGUACC